UAACGAUCAUUUUCAUGCUUCACUGAUUCUAGCAAUUUCAAUUUCCAAAAACAAGUGUUAUUUUCCAAUUUUGACGAGUAUCUUCACGUAGUUGGAAUCUAUUGGAUGGAAUUUAAGUUUAAUAACAUGCAGAUGGGUCGCAUGGGUUCUCCGUCCGUCGGAAUGGACGAGGACAGCGGCGCGGGGCAUGCACUCAGCGAUUUUCUUCUGCAGCUCGAGAACUACAAUCCUUCUAUUCCUGAUUCAGUCGUUGCUCAUUACCUGAAUAUGGCUGGAUUCGAGUCUCAAGACCCUAGGUUGGUUCGGCUGAUAGCCCUGGCUUCCCAAAAGUUUCUGUCAGACGUGGCCAACGAUGCGCUGCAGCACAGCAAGAUGCGCACCUCCAGCCAGGUCAGCUCCAGCUCGAAGAGCCAGAAGGGUCCGAAGGAGAAAAAGUACAUCAUGACGAUGGAGGACCUGGUGCCCGCGCUGCAGGAGUACGGCAUCGUGGCGCGCAAGCCGCACUACUACGUCUAGGCAUAGAGAAAUAUAAAGGUUAAGAGCG